CGAAUACCCUGUAGGGCUGUGCAAUCCAUCAACAAUACACCCUCCCUAUCCGCUGAGAACGAGGAUCAACAUGGCUGGCAGCGAGACGGCGCAGAUCGCUUUAGAUGAAGAUGAAGGAGUAUCCGAGCUUGACGACGGCGAGACCACAGCAUCCGUCCGUUCAAGCGUUUUACAGAAUAAGGAGCAGUAUGGAAGACGAUACCAUGCGUACAAGGACGGGACAUACCACCGACCAAACGAUGAGGUGGGUAACACUGCUUGAGGUCGGUUUCACACCUACUCACCCAGCUUCCUGCCAGGCCGAGCUAGAGCGUCUAGACAUAGCCCACGCCCUCUUUGCAAUCAUCAACCAGGAUCGACUCCAUCUCGCUCCGCUCAAACCUGACCUGGGCCGUGUCCUUGACCUCGGUGCCGGCACCGGGCUCUGGGCCAUCGAAUUUGCCGAGGCGUAUCCCUCAGCUGUGGUGGUUGGCGUGGAUAUCAGUCCUACCAUGUCCGAGAUCGUUCCGCCCAACGUUCAAUUCGAGAUUGACGAUGUCGAGGACCAGUGGACGUACAGUAAACAGGCCGACUUUAUCCAUUGCCGCUACAUGGUCGGGUCGAUAUCAGACUGGCCCAAGUUGAUGCGGCAAUGUUAUGAGAACCUCACCCCCGGCGGCUGGGUCGAAUUCCAGGAUUUCGACAUCGACUACUACUCUCAAGACGGUUCGCUGACAGAAAAGCACGCCAUAAGACGCUGGCUCGUGCUGUGCACCGAGGCCGCCGCCAAAGUUGGAAGAACAUUGCACGUUGGAAAACAUCUCGAGCAGUGGGUCAAAGAGGCCGGCUUCACCAAUGUUCAGGUAGUCAAAGUUCCUGUACCCAUUGGUCCUUGGCCCAGAGACAAGAGACUGAAGCGGAUGGGCCUGGUCAAUUGGACCCAGAUCUUCGAAGGCCUACAAGCUGUUAGCCUGAGAUUGUUCCUGAACGUCCUCGGAUGGAGCCAACCGGAGCUGGAGUCAUUGCUGGUCGAAGUCCGGCAAGAUAUGAAAAACAGGGAGAUUCAUUCAAUGUACGACGUCUACACCGUCAUCGGGCAGAAACCCAAGGCCCAGACCGGAUAGUCUCCUUGGUGAGUGACUGACGGGACAGACGAGCAACCGGAACUCCGAAGAAGGACCACAAGAGAUCAGAUCCACUGAAAGGUUGGACAGCCCGCACCAACCAAGUGCACUUGCCAGCCAGCUGCUUCUCUCAUCAUCUCCGCCACCACCGAUGCCGAGGAAGGUCAUUGUGGAACAUGGUGCCAUGUGGCCAAUGAAAAUCGUCAGAGCAUGGCCUUCUUCGACUUGGUGGCCCACGGUUUAACAUAACCUGUCCAUCACCGGUGCCAAUACAGCAGCAUUUGCAAAGUCAACAGAGCGUCAUGUUGGCCUUUGUUACAGUACUAGCCUGAACAGGGCCGACAGAUGGCCCCCAGGUCAGAGGUCCGUCGCAUUGGCUUGGUUCUCGUCGGCUUGCCAUCUGCGCUGUUCGGCUGACGGCCGGUGCAGAAGGAUCAUUGCGAUGCCUAUGAUCUCCUGGGCACCGGGUGGGCAGAUAUGAGAAAACACAGUUGCCGAUCCAAAUCUGACUUUGGAGGGAGAUGAUCGGACGGGGUGACUCACUUCUUCGAGAAUGGAAGUCCAUUACUCGAGGACACAGCAAAAGGACGAGAUGGCCGCGGAGGAACUGUCACUGGACAGGAAACAGAAGGGAAAUCCAUGAUCACCUACCUGGCCGUCGCGACUGAGUAGCCUUUACAGAAUUUCGCCGGACUACGGCACACGGCGGCCCGAUUCGCGCCUUAGCCUGAACCAUGAUCUCAGGCCUGUGAAGCCGCCGAAGCUUAAGACUCGCGCCGAGAGAUGGUCUGAAUAUUGGUAAAUGAAUUACAAGUGCUGUGUACGUAGGUAUGGACCUAUCCAUCUUCAGGGUAAUUAUCCAUGGCACCGCGCAAGUCCGUUGAAUCUAUCUUCUCGACUGGCCCCGUCAUUUGAUUAACAUUCGAUCGAAGCACG